AACGUGACACUUCAAACCAAAAGUCUUCAAGGACACCAGUGGUCCCGUUAUUUUGGCCAGGAAGUCAAGAAGCACGCUAGAGUUUGACAAGAAGUAGUUUCCAACAUGGUACACUACGACGCAGUCCUCAAACAUGUCGGCGAGUUCGGCACGUACCAGAAGAGGAUGUGCUUCUUCGCCUUCCUGCCGAGUCUGUCGGUCGGGAUGCACAUGAUGGCCAUGGUGUUCCUGGCGGCCACGCCGGCGCACCGGUGCAGGGCGCCCGAGGGGGCCGUGCUGGCGGCUCGGUACAACUGGAGCGAGCCCGAGCUGCUCAACAUGACCAUCCCGUGGACCAAGGACGACGAUGGGAGACAAGUUCGGCACAGCUGUAAAAGAUACGAUCUGACGACAGUCGAACUGAACGGCAGCUACAGGAACCUGACCAAUCAGCGGGCUAUUUGGAACGUGACGUCAUGUGACGCAGGAUGGACGUACGACCGGAGCCAGUACAAAACCAGCAUCACCAUCGACAACAACAUCGUCUGUGACGACAAGUGGCUGGCGAACAUGGCGCAGUCCAUUUACAUGGUGGGGGUGCUCAUAGGGUCCAUCACAUUCGGAGACCUUUCAGACAGGUUUGGCCGGAAAGUCUUGAUGUUCGUUGGCAUUGUGCUGAACCUUGUUUCAGGGAUAUCCACCAUGUUCGCGCCAAACUUCACGGCCUUCGUCAUCCUGCGUCUCUUCGUGGGGGUGUCGUCCAUGGGAAUCUACCUCGUCAAUUUCGUGUUAGCAUGUGAGAUUGUUGGCCCAUCACGGCGCACGCUCGUGGGCACUGUGGACUAUGUGUUCUUCGUGCUGGGGUAUAUGUUGGAGGCGGGGCUGGCCUACCUCAUCCGUACCUGGACUCACCUACAACUGGCCAUCUCUCUACUCAGCGUUCUGUGGUUACCGCUGUGGUGUGUUGUGACGGAGUCUCCAAGAUGGCUGCUGGCGAAGGGUAGAACCGAGGAGGCGCGCGCCAUCGUGGAGAAGAUGGCGAAAACAAACGGCGUAGACUUUCCAGAUGCACUGUGGGAGAAAAUGGUGGAGUCAAAGGAUAAACUGACGGAGACUCCUGACAACGACCGUUUCUACUCAGCCUGGGACCUGAUCCGGACUCCAAACUUGGCCAAGAAAUCUGCCAUCAUCUUCUACAACUGGGGCGUCAUUACAAUGGUCUACUACGGGUUGUCCCUCAACACCUCAGCGCUGGGCGGCGACGACUACAUCAACUUUUUCCUAUCCGGUCUCGUGGAGUUUCCUGCUCUCCUCAUGUCAAUCAUCGUGAUCGAGAAGUGGGGCAGACGGUCGCCACACAUCAUGUUCAUGGUGGGAGGGGGCGUGGCCUGCAUCUGCACACUUUUCGUGCCAUCAGAUCUGUUCCCACUGACCAUGACCCUGGCGAUGAUCGGCAAGUUCGGGAUAGCUGCCAGCUUCAACAUCAUCUACAUUUGGACUGGAGAAAUCUACCCCACUGUCAUCAGGAAUCUCGGCUUGGGUGUUUCGUCCAUGUGGGCUCGGGUCGGUGGCAUCAUCUCACCCUUCGUAGCCUUGCUGGCAGACUCCUGGAGGCCCCUCCCCUACAUCGUGUUCGGAGGGGUGUCCGUGCUAGGCGGAAUCCUGUGCCUAAUGCUACCGGAGACCCUGGGGGCCCCCCUCCCACAGACCCUGGAAGAAGCAGAGGACUUUGGGAAGGGAGGGUCGUUACUGUGCCCAAAAGCGGGCCACAGGAAAGCUGAGGACAGAAAAGAGCUGGAGGCAGACGCCCCAGACAUCACGCCGUCUGUGGACACUGCAAGCUCCAUGACUAAUCCAAGCUUCUACCUCAGCUUCGAGACAGGACUUUAACAUUUGAAUACGUCAUGUAGUGUAGUUUAUUUGAAGCAAGGACAUUACACAAAGUUGUUG